UGGUUUUGUCUGACAGGUCUAGAGUUCGAAUCUAGCUUUUUCACAAUUUGUGGAUUUUUGAGUUCGUCGUUUUACUUCUUCAGCAGGGAAGGCAUGGAUUCAGAUCGGAGCUCUUCAGGUGGCCGGAAGGUCAAGUUCACCCCAAAAGCUCCACCAAACAGGAAGCCCAAACCCCCGGCAUCAACCAAAACCGAAGCUAACGAUGAACAAAACGAAGAUACCGCACAGGCUCGAGCUCUUUUACGUCGUUGGAAUGAGAAUAUUGCAAGACGCGAGCCUAAAGUUGAAAGAAAAUCCAGCGUGGAAGUUGCAUUUGGUCCUGGAGGUUCAUCAUCUUCCCUCAGGACUUAUGGUGCCACCAAGGGGGUCGAGAGUGGCACAAGCAGUGGCUCAGCGUCUAAAUUUUUUACUAACGAGCAAAUUGGUUUCAGACGUUCUUCAGCUGCUAAUGAGGAUCAAAAUGAUAGUUGUAUAAUAGAUGUUACUGAUGAUAACAUUAAUGCAUCAGCCCGGAAAAUUAAAAGAGAGUACAAGGAACCAUGGGAUUAUGACAACUCUUACUAUCCUACUACUCUUCCUCUGAGGAAGCCGUAUUCUGGAAAUCCAGAAAUUCUUGACGAGGAAGAAUUUGGGGAAGCUGCUACCAGUGUGGAAUAUGAUGAGAAAUCUGUCAAUCCUUCUGCAGAACUCGGGCUCUUGGAGAAGAUUGAGCAACCAAAGAUGGUUCUCUUUCAGCUUCCUAUUCUGCCUUUGGCCAAGCAAUCAGUGAAUAAUAAGGGGAAGGAGAAAGUUGGCACAUUAACUGUGUCGGGAGAGGCCACAAAGUCAAAGGCGAGUGCCUUGGAAGAGUUGCCAACAGGGUAUAUGGGUAAAAUGCAGGUAUACAAGAGUGGAGCAAUCAAAUUAAAACUAGGAGAAACUAUUUUCGAUGUGUCUCCAGGUUCGAAGUGUAUAUUUGCUCAGGCUUUUGUGGCGAUAAACUUUGCAGAGAAACACUGCUGCGUUCUCGGCGAGCUUAACAAAAGGGUUGAUGUAACUCCUGAUCUUGAUUCACUUGAAUUAUAAAACGCUUAAGAUAAUAUGACUAUGCUCCAUCAUAUAGACAACUGGCUUAUGUGAAUAUAUGCGACUACAAAGUCAUUGCCAAUUCGCAAGUGCAAAUUGGACACUAGACCUAGCAUUUGACAUUUACAAAUUAUCAAGCAGAAAGUUCACCACAAAUUUUGUGUUAUAGCUUAGCUGGAAGAAUUAGCUCUGUUUGUGGCAAACUAAAUCAUUGACAACUGUCACAGUAUUUCAUUUGCUUCAACGGUUUUAAUGAUAUAUUUAUAUGCAAAUUGUAG